AAGCGGGAAAAUGGAACUGCCCCUGUAAGCCCCGCAAUUCUUUUUCACAAUCUCACAAACCAACCUAAAAGGCUAAAACUACUAUAUUACUUACUGAUUAUUACGGAGGCGGAGGCAAGGCGCCAUUACUGCAGAGCUUACAACCAUGGUCGACCAAAGCAAGUAAAAGAUGCAGCUCAUCAAGACACCAAGACGAGGUGGUUCGCGUCCUCACUAACACUCUCGAGACUGCAAAUUGCCCUCACAUGCUUUUUUAUGGCCCACCUGGUACCGGCAAAACCACCACUGCCCUGGCUAUUGCUCACCAGCUUUACGGGCAGUUAUAAUUUUACAGCAGUAUUUGUGUGAUGGAAUUUUUUCUAUAGAUAGCUAAAUUACCAAGUUGAUUCGAUAUUUUAGUUGUUAAUCAGAUACUUAGAAGUGGUCGCAUGCGGGAAUGCUAGGGCCUUAACUGUCGAACCCUUUCUGCUGAUGAUGAGAAAUAUGUAAUCAUUUAAUUGGAAAUUGGAAUAGGAUGCUGCUAUCUCUGAAGGUAAUGAAUCCCUUUGGGAAAAUGUGCCUAUUGGGAUUUUUAAGUUGAAAAAACUGAGGCAUUAAAUCUUUAGCUGAACUUGUUGGAGUAAAUUGGAUCUGAUGUUUAACUGAAUGACUUUCUUUUAGAGACAUGCUUGCUACAGGGUUCAGGACUUGGUCUAUAUAGUUGUUAAAAGAUAUUAUUUCUUCUUUUUACUGACUUUAUAUUGCCAUCUUGAAGAUGUUAAUUGAUCUCUGGUGCCUUUAGAUCAUUUCUAGAUGCUAUCAUGUGAAAAACCUGAUACGUGUAAAUCUUAGAGAUUAGUUCUGGUGAUUUCAUGCCUUCUAUCAUUUUGACUGCUGCUAUUAUCGUAUUAGAUUGUAGAGUCUGCUUUCCUUUAAUAUGUGAAAAAAGUUGAUGCCAUUCUGGAACAUAUUUAGCAUGUUGAUUCCUUCAUGUCUUAGGCCUGAACUCUACAAGUCUAUGGUUUUGGAACUAAAUGCAAGUGAUGACCGUGGAAUCAAUGUUGUUUGGACUAAGAUCAAGGAUUUUGCUUCUGUGGCUGUAGGUUCUGGUCAGUGUCAAGGGUAUAUACAUUCUUCUUCUUGCAGUAACUUUUGUCUUCCACUCAGGACAUAAUUGCGCUUUGCUCUUCAUGUUUCCAAUACUUUAGGGGUUACCCUUGUCCACCAUAUAAGAUUACCAUCCUAGACGAGGCAGAUUCUAUGACUGAAGAUGCUCAGGCAUGUUUCUUUUGUUCUUUUAUGAUGGGUUAUUUACAAAUAUAAUGUGAAGUGCAUGGGUAUCACCUCAUUUGGCAUAAUGCCCUGAGACUUACAAUGGAAACUUUCUCCAAAGUUACAAGAUUCUUCUUCAUAUGUAAUUACAUCAGCAGGAUCAUAGAGCCACUUGCGUCAAGAUGUGCAAAAUUCAGGUUCAAGCCACUUUCAGAAGAAAUCACAAGCAGUCGUAUAUUGCACAUUUGUAAUGAAGAAGGCCUCACUCUGGACGGAGAGGCUCUCUCAACCUUGAGUUCUAUCUCACAAGGUGAUCUUUGCCGGGCUAUCACAUACUUGCAAGGAGCUGCUCGCCUAUUUGGAUCGUCAAUUUCAUCCGAAGACCUUAUAAGUGUAUCUGGGGCCAUUCGGCAAGAGGUUACUGAGGCACUUUAUGAAGCAUGCAAAAGUGGUGACUUUGAUUUGGCGAACAAGGAAGUCAAUAAUAUAAUUGCGGAAGGAUAUCCAGUAUCUCAGAUCCUUGCUCAGGCAUGAAGGGGUUUAUGCAAUGUAAUAUGUGGAACUCGUCAUAUGUACAUUCAGCAUGGCAAAAAUUGAAGUGUCAAUAUGACAUACGCGGAU